GAAAGACACAUAAACAUGAGGAAAUACGAAUAAAAAACAUUCCCUUGUGCCUUUGUUGUUAUUGUUUGCUUGCGAUCGGCACUUUGGCAAGCCGGGUGCCUGUGUUCCGACCUCUGAAGGUCGCCGACCUUCUUAAGGUCGGAUGAACCACUACGAGGUUCUGGGUGUGGAGAGCGGGGCGUCGACCGAGGCCAUCAAGCGGCGCUACCAGCAGCUCCUGCUGCAAAUCCACCCUGAUAAAAAGCAGACCUCGGAGGAAUCCGCCCCCGGGGCCACCUCCGACCGCUUCGUGGCCGUCACGGAGGCGUGGAAGGUCCUCAAGGACGAACAGAGUCGCCGCCUCCACGACGCCCAACUCGCCCAACGAAACACGCACAACUUUUGCGCCCAGGUGGACGCCGAGGAGCUGCGGAGGGCCAAUCGUUGGUCGGUGGCGUGCAGGUGCGGCGCCGAGUACCAGGUGGACCCUGAGGGCGAGGGUCAGGUGGAGUACGAGUGCGACGACUGCUCCCUGCGCAUCCAGGUGCAGCACCCGAAACCAUGAAGCGAAGGUCGCGUCCUGAAAAGCAGGGCAGGCAAGGCAGACAGUGUCUGCUGGGCCGGUCGGCCCUCGGAGGGACCUUGGAGGCCGUGGGCGUCGACGGUUGGCUCGGAAAGGCCGCGGUCAUCACCAGGGUCUAUCAGAGACAGCACCCUGUAAAGGACUCGAAACGUCUGAAACGAGUGCAGCAGUCAACGCUGGAUAAGUACUUCCGAGUUGUCCCGCCGAAGAAGGCUGAGACGAAACCAGAAGAGCCAAAGUUGGAGCCCAGGGAAGAACCUGUUGAGGUGCCAGGGAGCUUAUCAUGAUUUUUUUACGGUCGCGAGAAUUUUCGGUUGCGAUAAAACUUUUUUCGUUGGGUGGAGCUAGAAUUUUCGGUCAGGAAAAAUAUUUUCGGUGGGAGGAGCUAAAAAUUUACGUUCGGGAAAACUUUUUCACUUGCGAGUAAAUCUUUUUCGGUUGUGAACAAAGUUUUUACGGUGGCGCUAGGGGGCGUGUGUCGCGUGGGUUUGUUUUGAUCAUGGAAGUGGAAUAGAAACGGAAAAAAUCAAAUUUUUGUUUAAUUUACCCAAUAAUUUGGUUAGUAAAUUGUUGAAAUAUUAAAUUUAGAUCAAUUUAAUAUGCUAUUCUCCUUAAAUCAUCGGCCCGGACGUGGAUUAAAAGAAAUUAUUGCGACUGGUUUGAAGCAUAGGUCACGGUUUGUCACAUUAAAUUGCAUUAUAAAUAUCUUUCCCUUAAUUUUUAACUAAUUUGGAGGGACACAAUUUGUUUUUUAAUAAAUCAAUCACAUAAAAUUAGUACAAUGUAUGAUCUACCUAUUUAAUUAUUCAUAGAAACCUCACUUCAAACUUCAAAGCUAUUGGCAAUGAUCAGCUUUUUUACGGUUCAAAAUUUUCGUCUGCUGAGAGCAGCCGUAAAAAUCACUUCCAUUUGAUCAAUGUAAAAUUUUAACGUGAGCGAGAAAAAGUUUUCCGCCUCACGUAAAGUGUGAUCACAACCGGUAAAACAAACAACGCCAUCUAGCGACCGAAAAAAAAGCUGGCGCGACCGAAAAAACGUUUUUUCGCGACCGUAAAAAGUUUUUACCGCGACCGAAAAUAUUUUAUUCGUAAAUCGAGAGUUACACCCACUUUCUCGCAACCGUAAAAAUUCAUGAUAAGCUCCCAGAACAACCCCCGAGUUGCGCCAUCCCCAGCUUCGAGAUGGACUUAGAGUUCGAGAGUCCGGUGAUCAUCCCGAGGAAAAGUGGGCAAAGAAACAAUGAGACCAGAAUACUAUCUAGCGAGAUUUUGAGUCUCGAGGACUUUUGAUCGUGCUGAAAUUGAUUUCUUUUUUGACAAUCAAUCGAUUAUCGCUUAGUUUCAGUCUAGACGAGAUUAACAUUUUUAUUGUCUUAAGAAAUUCCCCCUAGAUAAUAAACUCUAAUUGACCGAAUUGCACUUUUAUUGCAACAGUCAGCUGAUCUGUUAUCACAAAGUUGAUAAGGACGUUCCUGUGUUGUCUAAUGUAAAUCAGUGUGAUAAAUUCAAGUGGCAAUUGUUUGUUUUUAGAUAAGAACCACUCGAGUGGUCGUAAAAACACGAAACUCUUUUAGAAUUAAAUAUUUUGAAAAUUUC